CGGGGGGCCUAUAAGAACAAGUGGACGGACACGCCGCCGGCCAGACGACACUCCGACACGCCGCAGAGAGGCGCUGUUCGAGGCCCGGGGGACUUGGAUCACUCAGACAUGGCGUUCCUCCAGGUGCUGUGUGGACUUGCGCUGGUCGCGUCCGCGAGGGCCGUGCCCGUGGACUUGGGCUCGUCGUACGUGUCCGUGGGCCACGCCCCCCUGGGCCUCGGCCUCAGCCACGGCCUCGGCCUCGGACACGGCAUCGCCCUCGCGCCGGCGCCCGCCCUGGCCGUGGCGCACGCCCCCAUCGCCAUCGCACACGCGCCCAUCAUCAAGGCGGAGCCCAUCGCGCACCCCCGCUACGCCUUCAAGUACGGCGUCCACGACUCGCACACGGGCGACGUGAAGAGCGCGGCCGAGGAGCGCGACGGCGACGUGGUCAAGGGCGAGUACUCGCUGCUGCAGCCCGACGGCACCACCCGCACCGUGCACUACACCGCCGACGACCACAACGGCUUCAACGCCGUCGUCACCAACUCCGGCCACGCCGUCCACCCGCAGGUGGUGCAGAAGGUGAUCGCGGCCCCCGCGCUGCUCAGCCUGGGUCAUGGGGGCCAUUACUGAGCCGGCGCCGGCAGUACCAACCCCGACCCUCCCCACACCCGCGCCGCUGGACGUUGUUGCGUAUUAUAUUGUCGUAAAAAAAUAAAACAGUAAAAAUGA